AUUUACUCAGGUCAGGUUGCCCAACCGCUGUCGGUUAAGAUCUCUCGCAGGCUCGCUUGCCACUGAAAAAAUCUCCUCAAAUCUUUGAACUCCUCCUUUUACAUACAUUUUUCACUUGCAGAUUCUCUUAUCUCUGUCUCUCCAAAAAGCUACGACAAAUACAAAUGCUUACUUUGAAUCUCAGUCCCUCGUCCUCUCCCGUCACCUUCUUCAAAUCCAACCACCAAUACCCAAUAAAUGCUUCUUCACUCCUUCAAAAUCCAAGUCUUUCCAGCAGAACUCACCAACAGUACUCAUCUUCUCCCCUCAACGAGUCCAAAAUUUCCAACUUUUCUAAAUCCCAUGGCUACCCACUUUGUUUCUCUUCAAGAUUUAUUCCCCAGAUCCGAGAUUCAAGCACCAAUACUACCCAUCUUGGCAGAAUCUUCGAAUCCCCUGCUGGGUCUUCAAGAUCCCUCAUCGUAAAAGCAGCAGCAUCUGAACCAAACCCAGCUGCAGAUGGGGAAGGCGAUGUGGUUUCAAAGAAGAAAAAGACUUUCCAGCUUGCGGUUGUGUUUGGCUUCUGGUACUUUCAAAACAUCGUCUUUAAUAUUUACAAUAAGAAGGCCUUGAAUGUCUUUCCAUUUCCAUGGUUUCUUGCAUCCUUUCAACUCUUUGUUGGGUCUGUUUGGAUGCUUAUUCUUUGGUCUUCUAAACUGCAACCGUGUCCAAAGAUCUCAAAGGAAUUCAUAAUUGCUCUCCUCGGACCUGCCUUGUUUCAUACUAUAGGUCACAUAUCAGCAUGUGUUUCAUUCUCUAAAGUGGCUGUUUCCUUCACUCAUGUUAUAAAAUCAGCAGAACCUGUUUUCUCUGUGGUGUUCUCAUCUUUUCUUGGUGACACCUAUCCUUUAUCCGUUUGGCUCUCCAUCCUCCCCAUUGUUUUCGGUUGUUCUCUUGCUGCUAUCACUGAAGUCUCAUUCAAUUUUCAAGGCUUGUGGGGUGCUAUGAUUAGCAAUGUUGGGUUUGUUUUAAGGAACAUAUAUUCAAAGAAAAGUUUGCAAAACUUCAAGGAAGUGAACGGCUUGAAUUUAUAUGGUUGGAUAACCAUAAUCUCAUUGAUCUAUCUGUUUCCGGUUGCUGUUUUUGUGGAAGGGUCUCAAUGGAUUCAAGGGUAUCAUAAAGCAAUUGAAGCGGUAGGAAAAUCAUCCACAUUUUAUUUGUGGGUGUUGAUAUCUGGCAUCUUUUAUCAUCUUUAUAACCAAUCCUCUUACGAGGCUCUCGAUGAGAUCAGCCCACUCACAUUUUCAGUUGGAAACACUAUGAAGAGGGUGGUGGUUAUUGUGUCUACCGUUUUGGUGUUUAGGAAUCCAGUUAGGCCUUUGAAUGCUCUUGGAUCUGCCAUUGCCAUAUUGGGAACUUUCUUGUAUUCGCAGGCGACCUCUGCUAAAAUGGCAAAAAAGGAUGGAGGUGAAAAGAAGAGUUAGGAAUUUUUGUUGAUCUUCUUAUAAAUUGUGAAUUUUUAUUUUUGGAUUGUUAGCUUAAUGCAUUUCAGUUGUAGUUUUUCUUCAUGGAUAUUAUGCUAAUUUAGUGUCGAAAUUUUGAAAACUUUACAGAAUUUUCUGUCCAACUACUUGGCUCUA